GCGUCGUCAUGCCUGAACCAGCAAAGUCCGCCCCGAAGAAGGGAUCCAAGAAGGCCGUCACGAAGGCCGCCGGUAAGGGAGGAAAGAAGCGCAGAAAGUCCAGGAAGGAGAGUUACGCUAUCUACGUGUACAAAGUCCUGAAGCAGGUCCAUCCUGACACCGGGAUCUCCUCCAAGGCGAUGGGCAUCAUGAACUCCUUCGUCAACGACAUCUUCGAGCGCAUCGCCGGUGAGUCGUCUCGUCUCGCUCACUACAACAAGCGCUCCACCAUCACAUCGAGAGAGAUCCAGACCGCCGUGCGUCUGCUGCUGCCCGGUGAACUGGCCAAACACGCCGUGUCUGAGGGCACAAAGGCCGUCACCAAGUACACCAGCUCCAAGUAAAGUGAAGCUCUAGCUGCACCCAAAGGCUCUUUUAAGAGCCACCCAUGUUGUCACUUAAAGAGAACUUGUUUUUUUUUUUUGAAAUCUCCUAUAUUAUGCAGAUUGGUUUCCGGUCCGAAUGAAUAAUUGUAUCUUUUCCCAUCAAUGUUGUGCAAGUAGUGUAUAGAUGUUAACCACCAGCAGGAUUUAAUGUUGGCAAAUUGGAAAUUCUCUUAAUCGUAAAUUAUUUUCGUGCAACAAAUGCAUAUUGUACGCAGCUGUGAAAAAAUCUGCAGAAUUUAUUUAAAUAAUAAAAAAUGUCAGGCAUUUACAUUAUUCAAUAGAGGUCCAAAUGAGAAGUGUUAUUUUACAGUAAAUCUCGAAUUAACAUUUUUAGCGUUACAUAUUUUUUGGUUGAAGAUAAUUUUAUUCUAAAAAUUUAUACAAAAAAUGAAGGGUUGGAAAAUGUUUUUUUUUUUUUUAUAAUUAUCUACCAGCCUGUUGUGGGCAGAUUUAAUAGAUAGUAUUUGAUUGUCAUCACAGACACCCCCACUGCCGUUUUGGACGGAGACACCUAUUUUAAUGGCGGACUGGUAUCAUGAGCACAUGCCGCCACCUGCUGUUCAGUUUAAUGCAUCGUAUUCUAUGCUUUUCCCUUAAUACAUAUAAGAAAACUGUACCAACCAGAUAAAGAAAUGUGGGCUGUGGGGAAUGGAUGACCACAGCAGUGCUGCCGCAGGUACUGUUGAAGCUUUGUUUUUCAGUUUUUAAACUAACUCAGCACCGUUAAUAUGCAAAUAUUAAAGGAAACCAUUCCAAAUGACCAAUACACACUCAAGGGAUUUGAAUAUCAGAUAUGUAUUGACCGAUAUUAAAACUCAAAUAAAUACUUAUUAAACCAUUCAAUUAACCCUAACCAGGCUAAUAUUAGAUUCAUUUCUUAUCAGUGUGUGCAGUUUACCGUGACCUAUCCAUUUCUUUUCUAACUUAACCCUUGUGCA